AUGGACGACCCAACACCGUCAUCAGCGAAGCCCACAGUCGACCGGGAGAAGACUGCCCCCUUCCUCAUACGCACCUUUGUAAAAGUUGGUGCAUACCACCGUCUAGUGCAGUUCGAAGACGGGCCUUUACCGCUCUCUGAUGAGCAAGCAAUAUACACUUGGAAAGACGCGACUCUCAGGGAAGUCCUCACCACCCUCCGCUCCUCCGCACCCCCAGUGACCGAAUACCGCCACCCCCUCGCGCGCUUCUCCUUCCGCGCCGUCUUCGCCGACCCCACCGCGCGCGGCCGCUUCGCCCAAAAGGACCUCGGCACCGUCUACUCGCGCGACAUCCUCGGCGAGCCCGGCUCGCUCGGCCGCCCCGCCCCGCGCCUGCUCGAGGACGACGAGCGGGACACGACGUCCUCGACCGAGCAGGACCGCACCCUCGACGAGCUCCGUUUCGUCCCCGGGGACUACCUCUGCGUCAUGGUCCAGCUCCCCAAGGGCGUCGUCGUCCCCGCGGGCCCCGACGGCGAGCUCGUCAUCAAGGGCGCCGGGGUCGGGGUCGGGGCCGCGCCUCCGCCCGCGAACGGGUGGAAGAGGGACGCGCCUGGCGGGCGUGGGACGGAUGGCGGGUGGAGCGGGAACCCCGCCGCGGCGUAG